AUGCGUUUCACUCCUGCCUUCCUCAUGCUUGCGGCCGUCAUUGGUGGCAAUGCUGCAGAAGGCCCGAUUUCUAUUCAGGUUUGCAAUGGCAUCAACCACUACCCCGGAAGCUGCACUGAGCUUGACAUCUUCCUUCAACACCAAUGCUACAAUUUGAACGGCACUCCCGUUGUGGGCAAUGUCCGGUCGGUUUCAAUCCCUGCUGGAUACCGCUGCCGCUUCUGGGAAUCAUCCAGGUGCAAUGGCGGCGGUACGGGCGAUAUCCAGGCCCCGGGCAUUGACGUUAACGGUCAUCCCCAGGUGAAGUCUGUCAAGUGCUACCCGAAUAACUGA